CGUCCGUCGUCACUUAUCUCUUUCCCUUGGAGCCAAAGCGACGGGGAGACUAUGAGCAUAAUGGAAGAACCGACAGAGAUAAACAAUAAUGUGUCUAAGGAAAAACAAAUGACAACCCUUCUGAGAUCAAAAUAACAAUAAGUAUGGAACACAUUCGAGAAUGGCUCUGCUUCCGUGUAUCCCCACUGUGGGCUCGGUAGACCUGUGGUCCUGGGGGGUGGUGUGUAAAAGAGAGCGAUGGGGAGGUAUUUUUGCAACGAGAGUGAGCUGAAUUGUGCGUGGGAUAGGAUCCUGUCUGCCUUCUGGCAACGCUACCCGAACCCCUUUAGUACCCACGUGUUGACAGAAGACGUUCUGUUCAGGGAGGUGACCCCUGACAACUGCCUGUUGUCGCGGCGACUGUUCACCAAAACCAACCUUCUCCCGCGCUGGGCAGAGAGGGUCUUCCCUUCACACCUCAACAGAUCUGUCUACAUUGUGGAAGACUCAGUGGUGGAUCCCAAAGCACACACACUGACCACACACACACUCAACGUCAACCACACCAGGUUCAUGACAGUGGUGGAGCGGUGUGUGUUCCAUGGAGUAGAGGAGCGUCCAUCUUGGACUCAGAUUAGGAGAGAAGCAUGGAUCACUUCUGGUGUCUUCGGCCUCUCCAGACCCAUACAGAAGUUCGGCCUGGCCCGUUUUAAGAGUAACCAGGUCAAGUCAAUGAAGGGACUGGAAUACGCCUUGUCAAAACUGCACAGUGAAUCCCAACCCUCGCGUAUCCAUGGUGACCAAGAUCAGGAUUCGCCUCUUCCCCCAGCUACCCAGAAACCUCAGGAGUACUCCUAACACCUUGAUUCAAAACGGCAUGGCCGCCGCCCCCUUUGAGCUGUGAACCUGUACCAACCUAUAUCCAGCAUGGCUGCCAUAACUGAGCAGUGGACCUGUAUCAACCUUUAUUCAAAAUGGCUGCCGGCGCAGUGAGAUGGGUUCAUUGGCAGACUGAGGUGUAGCCGACGUUGAAAGACAUCCAAUCAAACACCUGAUUAAAGUCAGGUCAACAACCAGCUAGGAAUGGAACGUGAAAUGGUCUCAGCGUCAGGCGUUCUGGGCCGUGGUGUGCGGGGUUUGGAGUAAAGCACUAAGGGAAGCUGGAGAGGUCAAUAAAACACUGCCCCUUUGGACCAAAUGCGUAGAGAUGGGAAGAGCCCCUCUGUUUCCGUGUCGUGAUGGCAUCUGUGCCAAUACGGGCAGUGAAUUUAUGGUCGUGAAUCUUCAUGUAAUAGAUGGCCUGAUCAAUCCUGACCGCCUGGUUGUGGCUGUACUCGCAUGGAAUCGACCUUGUCUCGAGGAUGCAUCACCCACUAACGUCCCAUCCCUAAUCCCGACCAUUUCACUUCAGUCGCAGUGCCCCUGCUGGAAACAUGUUUUCUCCCAGUUAGGUCCUCUAGACAUCUCUAUGGAAGCAGCCAUGUUUAGGUCUCAUAGAAAGGAGAGCCAAGGAGAGCCAAGGAGGGCUGUAGUAGAGCUGGUGCAGUUAUAUACAUUAUUAUAUACAUUAUUGUAUUGGUAUCACAUCGGGUUGUGGCUAAUUGAAGUGCUCUAAAUAUGGAAAGGUUGCAUGUAUGCUAUAUUGCCACUUCGUCUCAGGGUCAAAGUCUGGUUUCUUAUGUUGUUUUUAUAACUUUCUUCAAUGGAUGUAAAUAUUUUGUAGUGUUGUAUCACACACUCGCGCCAUUGUUAAUCAUGUACUUGUGUUAUUUAAAUGAGGGCUCGGUAAAGGGGAAAGGGUUUUAUUUGGGACGUCACGUCACCUGUGUUAUUUAAAUGAGGGCUCGGUAAAGGGGAAAGGGUUUUAUUUGGGACGUCACGUCACCUGUGUUAUUUAAAUGAGGGCUCGGUAAAGGGGAAAGGGUUUUAUUUGGGACGUCAUGUCACUUGUGUUAUUUAAAUGAGGGCUUCGUAAAAGGGAAAGGGUUUUAUUUGGGACGUCACGUCACUUGUGUUAUUUAAAUGAGGGCUCGGUAAAGGGGAAAGGGUUUUAUUUGGGACGUCACGUGGUCUGGAUGGAGUCCUCCACUGCUCACCAGUCUCCCUGUAUGUAGCUGAAUGUGCAUGAAAUUAGUUGAACUAACAAGGCUGGAGGAUCGUCAUGAACUACAUCUCCUGUUUUCCUGUUAUCUUGUUCUCCUUGUUUGGGUCGUAACAACCCACUUUUUAUGUUGUGAAGAGUCAACAAGUCAUUUGACCGAUGUAGCUGCCUCACUGUGAAGUGGAAUGACCCCCUAGUCCCUAAAUAGGGCACUGCUUUUUCAGAAGUCGUGCCCUAUUUAGGGAAUAGGGUGCCAUUUAGCAGUUGGGAUAUGUGGAGGGGGCGCUGCUCGUAAAAAUAAACAGACUGUGAAGGGAAGCUCCUGACUGACAGUUCAUCUGUCAAGA